AUGCAGUUCAAGAUUUCCGCCGCUGCCUUCCUGGCCUUCGCCGCCUCUGCCCUGGCUCAGAACCCCAACUUCGACCCCGUCUACAAGCCCACCAGCAACCAGAAGGUCAACGCUGGCACCAGCUUGACCAUCGAGUGGGAUGCCCCCGAUGCCUUCAAGGACGUCACUGUCUCCCUCAGCCUGAUCGGUGGUCCCACCCAGGGCGGCCAGGUUCCCCUCCUGGACAUUGUUUCCGGCAUCCCCAACUCUGCCAAGACGUACACCUGGGCCAUUCCUUCCAACCUCGGCAAGGACGCCUUCUACGGCCUCGUCAUCAAGUCCGAAGCCAACCCCUCGGUUGACUUCCAGUACUCCAACCCCUUCCACAUUGUUGCUGCCGAGGGCGGCAGCACCGGUACCACCACCGUUCUCGCUACCUCGGGCACUGCUACCGUCACCCUGUCCGCCAACACCGCCUCGGUCUCUGCUACCAGCGCCGCCCCCGUCUCCGAGAGCGCCAUCGCCAACUCUUCUACUGCCGCUCCCACCACCCCCGUCACCACUGCUGCUGCCACCACCUUGACCAGCGCAACCCGCCCUGCCAGCAACCGCACCGCUACCGGCACCGCUACUCCCACCGCUGCCGGCACCGCGACCGGCACUACGACCAGCGCCAUUGCCACUGUCACCGGUUCCGACGCCAGUGCCAAGGCCCACGCUGGUAUCUUUGCUAUCCUUGGUGGUCUUGCCGUCGCCGCCCUUCUCUAA